CUCGGAUCUCGUCCUCAGUCCUCUUCCUUCCAAUUGACUGUGAUUUUAUUUGGAAGAGAUCGGAUUAGAGAAGGUGCUUUUUAGCGAACGUUUGUCUGUAUAUAUGUCGAUUUUAUUCUGCCGCGGCGGAGGCAGAGCGCUCCUUUCUCAGAGCACCGUCGCCGCCGGGGCGCUGCAGCAAAGCCGCAGGUUUUGUGGGUACGGAGGCAUGGGAGACGAUGGAGGCAAUGUGAAAUGGGGGAAGGAGGAGAUGGAACAGAGGGUGGUGGUGAUCAUGGGCGCCACCAGCACCGGCAAGUCCAAGCUCUCUGUUCAGCUGUCGUCCAUGUUUUCCGGUGAGGUCAUAAACUCUGAUAAGAUCCAGGUGUACCGCGGUCUCGACAUCACCACUAAUAAGAUACCGGUGGCGGACCGGCGUGGAGUACCACAUCAUUUGCUCGGCGAGCUGGACCCCGCCGCCGGGGAACUCCUUCCUAGUGGAUUCCGGGCCUUAGCGAGCUGCGCCAUUGAGGACAUCUCCGCCCGCGGUCGGAUUCCGGUGGUUGCCGGUGGGUCAAAUUCCUUCAUCCACGCUCUGCUCUCGGACAGGUUUGAUCCCCGGUAUGACCCGUUCAGGGAGAGGUCGUCGGCGAGGAAGGAAGCCUUGCGGUCUCGGUGUUGUUUCAUUUGGGUGCACGUCGAGGCGGCGACGCUGGCGGAGCAUAUCGACCGGAGAGUAGACGAGAUGGUGGCGGAAGGUAUGGUCGAGGAGCUGGAACGCUACUUCGCGGUGGAGGGGGAAGUGGAGCGGCACCCGGGGCUAGGGAAAGCCAUCGGGGUGCCGGAAUUCCGGAGCUACUUCACUGGGCGCGGCUGCCGGACCGCUGCGGCGUUCGAGGCGGCUCUAGCGGCGAUCAAGGCGAACGUGAGGCGGCUAACGGUGGAGCAGGUGCGGAAGAUCGAGCGACUGGCGGCAAUGGGUUGGCCUCUGCUGCGGGUGGACGCCACGCCGGCCGUGGCGGCGAGGCUCUCCGGGAACCUCUCGUCUGCACCUUGGAGGAGAUACGUGGCGGAGCCCAGCGUUAGUGCGGUGGCUCGAUUCCUAGAGGAGGAGGACUGGAGGAGGAGUGCGGCCAUCGCCGCCGUCGGCACUGCCGCACACGCGACGUACUAAAUGCCUUCGAUUAAUGCUUCUUAUUAUUUAAUUGUCCCCAGCACGCAAGUGGGAAUAUAGAAAAUAAUUAGUUUCGAUAAUUAAGAACUCAAUUUUG